AUGGCCUUGCCUUGGCUGAGGCGAGGUGCUGUUCUUCUGUUGUUGCUCACAACGGUAUGGAGUGGGCUGGGCGCCGAGCCUAGCAUGGAGGUCACAGAGGGCACGAUCGUGAUGGAGGCGACGGAUGUCGAGUUUGUAGUUUUGGAUGGCAAUUACCGCACCAGUGUCGUGCAGAUGCGCAAUGCCCUUCAAGCCAAUAUCUCCUCCCUGGCUGGAACAAUUGCCGACACCAAUCAACAGCUGAACAUUUCUCUUCAAGCCACCAUUCGCGAACUCGAUGAGCUCUUCACCAACUCGCUCAACGUCACCGCUGACACCAUCUCCACCAACCUGCUGCAGGAAAUUGAUGAGGCCAUCACACACUCGCAACUAGUGCUAUCUCAGCUCAACGAGCUUCGCGCCCAAACACAAAGCAACAUCUCCGCCCUUGCUGAAGCUGCCGCGACCGCACGCAGUGUUCUUCGUACCGAAACUCAGGCCAACUUCUCUGCACUUGCCGAGACCGAGAUGCAUGCCCGAAACCAGCUUCGCGAGGAAGCCCACGCCAACUUGACCGCUUUGCAGAGCUCAAACCAAGAGGUUACAGAUCAGCUUGAGGCCGACUUGACCGUGGUUACUGAGACGACUUUGCCAGCAUUGUCUGCGCGCGUGGAUGAAGUGGCGCACAACCUCUCGACCAUCCUUGUUCGCGAUGGAUCGAGUAGAGGGGCUGCUGCCGCUUCUUGUCAAGCCAUCUUCAACGUCAACCUCGGCCUGACUAAUGGCACCUAUUGGUUGGAUCCCAAUGGCCAGAGCACGCAUGAUGCAGUGCAGCUCAAAUGCGAGCGGGUGGAUAAUACAGUGUACACGGUGCUACCCGCCCCGCCAGCCCUUCCAAUGGGUGGACACUUUAGCGCAGAUGCGUCUGCCGAUCGCUGGGAGAGUGUUCGUUCGAUAAAUGACACCGUCUUCCAGUAUGGGGACAUCCCUGAUGAUCAGCUGCGUGCUCUUUUGGCUCGUUCAAGCUCGGGACGCCAGUCGAUCCAGCUCGAUUGCCGCGGUGUUAUUUCAAGCCUCUGGGAUGAUGUCGACUGGUACUACGAGUAUCCCGUGGUCUUGGUGGGCCUUUCUGGCGAGGUCUGGACCUUUCCUACUGCUGACGACCUGGGCUUUCAGGGCCGCGUAUUCCGGCCCAACAUUGUGUUUGAUAAUUGCUCUCAAAACCAUGUUGAUGAGCUUGGCCUCUCGAUCUAUGAUAUGGAGGGUCCCGCCACGGCCCUCCCCAUUGUGGACAUGUGGCUUUCUGACAUUGGCAAUGCCAACGAAAGCUUUGGCUUUUCUCUCAGUGAAGUGCGCCUCUCCGAGGCCUUUCAAGGCCCUGUCGUGGCGUAUGGCACGCGUAUGCGACCGGGCAAAUCAUGCCUUGACAUUUUCAUGCAUGGCUACGGGUCCAAUGACACGUACUACUACAUUGAUCCGAAUGGUGGAUUGAGGAACGACUCGGUCCGAGUGUUCUGCAACAUGACGGGCGGCGGCUGGACAGGCAUUGCACCGCUUGAGCAGGUUCCAUUUAAGGCUUGGAAUCCUUCGGGCACGGACGGCUAUCGGUUUUUCUCUUUGCACACUGGGGGCUAUGAAAUUACCUAUGAUAUGGCCGAUCACCAGCUGGACUUGCUUCUCGCUAGUUCUUCUGAGGCUUUUCAGGUUUUGACUGUGGCGUGUCAAGACGCUCUGGUCUACUACUAUGAUUCAAGCAACCUCUACUCGUAUGCCUUCCGAUACAAGGGCUAUAACGACGUUCUCUGGACCUAUGAAUCGGACGGGCUCAACGUGCCAGUGGACAAUUGCAAAGCCAACGAUGCCACCACCCGCAGCACUGUGGUUGAGUUUACUGGGACGCCUGGAGAUCUUCCCAUCAGAGACUUUGCGCCGCGUGACAUGGGUGGCGCGACCGAGUUCAUUGGCGUUCACUUUUCCUUCGUCUGGGCGGUCAAGUUUGAUAAGGAGGCCCGCUACGACCUAGCGUUGAACAACUACCGCGUCGCGCUCGAGCUGCUCGUCCCAUGCAUCGCUCCCCAGUCUACCCUCCCCGUGGAUAUGCGAGGCAAUCUGCAACAACGCAUUCGCGACUACAUGUCCCGGGCUGAAAUCGUGAAGGAGGCUGCGCGCAAGGAACGCCUGUGCGCUGAUCAAGCUGCCAAGGCUCACAGCGCGGAGGUCCUGCACAUCAAGCAAAAUGAUGUAGGCUACGAUUAUCAAACAUUGUUUGGCAAGUAUUUCACAGGCGCUCAAGUGGUCACGGUCGAGGACCCAUACCUGUACCGACCUCAUCAGAUUAUCAACUUGGUUCACUUCUUCGAGGCGGCCCUGGCCGGUAUCGGGCGAGACAACUUUAAAAUGGCAGUUGUGCGAACCAAGCACCAACAAGAUGGGGUCAACCAAGCAGAGGUUUUCGCGGGCCUUGAGAGUAAUCUGCAAGAGUACGGUGUCAGGCUGGUGGUCGAGUACGAGGAUUUUCACGACCGUUGCGUGCGCUUCGACAAUGGUUACAUCAUCGGUCUUGGCGCUGGACUGGACAUCUACUUGCGGCCUGAGCGCCAGUUCCAGCUCGGCAUGCAUGACUAUCGUCUCCGCAAGUGCCGUGAAACUCGAAUUGUGGCUUCGUACAACUCACGAGAAGACAGACGCACAUAA